AUCAUACAAACUCUCUCAAAACACUUACAACCAGUAUUUGGUCAUAGACAAUCUAGUUGUUUGCUGACGAUAUUUAUGUACUGACCGGAAACAUAAAAAUAACAAGUGUGCGUGUGGCUGGAUAACAUACAGGGUGGAGUGAUUAUAAAAUGAGUUCUCCGGUGCGUGAUAUCGAGGUUAACGUUGUCUCGAGUCCGGAGUCUUCAAGCAGGAACGGAUCGCCCGAGCCGGAAAACUUCCGGUUAAUCAACCACAUCGCGACACCGAACAUUACGUGCUUUCCGGUGAUCAAAACAAGUGACGAUGACAAAACCGACCACAAGGAUUUAGCCAAAGUUCAGCAGAAAAGUUCCGGAGCUUCCACCAAUUUCUCCAUUUCGAGCAUAUUGUCGCGAACCGAACCGGCGGUUAAGAAAAACGGUUUUCUCGCCACCGGACAAAGUAUCCUAGAGACUGGAAUCGCCAGCAAUGCUGACAGUGCCAUGCUUUCACGACUGGGUCUCAUGACGCAUUUUGGGGCCCUGGCCGCCGCCAGCAGCAGAUACGCCGCCCUCUGCGGCGGGCCCACGGACCCCAGGACGUUACCAUGGUACUGGGGACGGAUACCCUCGCAGUUACCGCAAGAAAAAUCCAGCCCCAACGGAUGUUCGACGAACGACGACCAAUCCCCGCCCAUCUCGCCCCGAGACACCCAGAACACCUCCACCACGCUCGAGACCAGCCGCUCAUCUCGGCCAUCGUCGCCCUCCGACAACCCCCGGUCACCAGGAAGCCCCCAUCACCUCCCUUCCAGCCACCCCGCCUUCCUGGACCAGAACUACAUCCGCUCAAAAAGCCCGUACCGGGACAGCGACAACAUGGUCAUAGACGAGGAGGUCGAAGAGGACGAAAGCGACUACGACAACGACAAGGACAAGAAAAUGCCAAACUCGAGUCUAAGUCCCGGUAACUCCCUCUCCAACAAGCGGAAAAAGAAAACGCGGACCGUCUUCUCCCGGUCGCAGGUGUUCCAGCUCGAGUCCACUUUCGACAUGAAGCGGUACUUGUCGUCUUCGGAGCGCGCCGGCCUGGCAGCCAGCCUCCAUCUGACCGAGACCCAGGUCAAAAUCUGGUUCCAGAACCGGCGGAACAAGUGGAAGCGGCAGCUGGCGGCCGAGCUGGAGGCGGCCAACAUGGCCCAUGCGGCCCAGCGGCUGGUCCGGGUGCCCAUCCUGUACCACGAGUCGGCCAACUCGACCAUGAGGCACCCCUUCGAGCAGAACCACGCGCUGAGUCUGCACCACCCGCUGGAAGUGAGCAGGGACGGGGGCACCAGCGGUACCUCGGUGACGUCGCCCACUGGGUACCCCGGCUCCCUGUACUACCAUCACCAAGCCGCCGUUGCCGCGGCGGUGCACAACCUACCUUCCAGUCCAGUGAAUCGGCCGCCCAUGUCUGGACUUGUGUGAACAAGUGCGAGUUAAAGUAUGGGUUUUUGUGCAAGUUUUGUUAUCGAGUCAAAUUGUUUUCUGGGCCUCAUUCACAACAUACGUGCAAAUUAGUUUAUUUAUUAUUAUUGUAGAAAUGCUUCAUGUACAUAAGUGACUGUAAUUAUUAUAUUUAUUUAUUUAUGUAGCUAAUUGUACAUAUCGAAGUUUAUAAGCAGCUACCACAGUUACCUAUACGCCAAAAAUAAUUAGUUAAUAUUUAUGUGUAUAAUUGUGUAGUAAAGAAAUGUUGUUACAGUGAAUAAAUGGAACUGAAAGAUA